UCCAAAAUUUCUAAGAAAAACUCUUAUUUACAAUCUUGAAGAUAAAUCAUUCAUUAGUAUUGAUAUUUAUGGCACUACGAGUUAAAUUUGAAUUAUUACCUUGGCGAUUUUUGUCCUUUUAUAAAUAUGUAGGUGUAUGUAGGAGAAUAGAGCACUGGCCACUGAAGUCAACUGUAGCCAAGGGGAGACGAGGCCGCGAGCUACGAUCCGCGAGAUGACCGGCGUGUUGGCUAGAGGGGCGGGUUUUGCUUGCUUGGUGGCCGGCAGCAGGAAGGCAUUGAUGUGCGGAUGUGGCGAAGCUGCCAACACACUGCCCUUAUCCACUGUGGCAUGUCCCUGGAGCGCUGUCACCGCCUGGUCAGCUGGUUUUGUGAGGAGGGGAGUGCCCCGGUCCCCCGCCACGCACAGCACAUGGCCCUGCAACACCCUACCCCUGCACACCAUGACAGAGCAGAGGCGCGGCGUGUGGGACUUGUUCAGAAGAGUUAAUUUUGGAAGCUAUGCUGUGCUGGACAAUGUAGGGGAAGUUUCGUUACCCCAGCCUGUCCCCACACACAUCCCUCGUCCCCCUUAUGCUGAGACAGGAGAGCCUCUGCCACCCCCCACUACCCCUGACAUACACUCCUUGUCUGGGGAGGAAGCAAUAAGGAAUGCUUGUCGUCUGGCAGCUGAAGUGCAGAAUGCUGUGAGGGAGAACAUCAAGGCUGGCAUGACCACAGAGGAGGUGGAUGCCCUGGUACACAGUCGGGCUAUAGCUGCUGGAGCAUACCCUUCCCCUCUGAACUACCGCGGCUUUCCCAAGAGUGUGUGUACUAGUGUCAAUAAUGUAGCAUGUCACGGCAUCCCAGACGACAGACCGCUGAUGGAUGGUGAUAUUGUGUCCGUGGAUGUGACGGUGUUCAUAGGAGGUUACCAUGGGGAUUGCUGUGAGACCUACAUGAUCGGGGAAGUGGAUGACCCUGGCCGGCACCUGGUAAGGGCUGCACGCAGGUGCCGAGACGAGGCCAUUGCUCUGUGUGGACCGGGUGUGCCUUUUUAUGCUAUUGGUAACCGAGUGGAGAAGGUGGCAGAACAGGAGGGAGUGAGAGUAGUGCCUUGCUUUAUUGGCCAUGGGAUCAGCAAUUACUUUCAUGGUCCACCUGACAUUUACCACUGCUACAACUUCUACCCUGGGGAGAUGGAACCAGGAAUGACCUUCACGGUGGAGCCAGUCAUCACACAGGGCAAAGAGGAGGUGGUGCUGCUGGAGGAUGGCUGGACAGCAGUCAUGUUAGACAAUGGCAGGGCAGCACAGUUUGAACACACAAUCCUCAUUACUGACUCAGGCCAUGAGAUCCUCACUGAGUUCAAAGGAAACAGUGGACAUUAGUUUUACACACACACACACUAUCUGUGUUGGUGUGUGUGUGUGUAUGUGUGGAAGUAUCAUAAUCAUGGAAUUUGAAAGAACAGCUAAUAGACUCAGCUUCCAUCCUGUCUCUCAGUUCCCCAUCUCUGGUCACAGUUUUGUUGUUCAGUGAUACACAACCCAUUCAUCCACCAAUCCCUGCCUCCAUCCACCUUAUCCCACCAACAUUGCUCUCCUUCAUUUGCUGGCUCACUACAUUAUGUCCCCAACAAACCACAUAUACAUGCCCUGGGGCCUAAGAUAUAGUGCCUUAGGGAUCUGCAAUGAUAACAGAUCUGAUAUUCCUCUGUUUGUAACAGUUUAAUCUAUAAAACCCCUUUUCUCUAUAAGGUUGAUGGGAGAUUCAGCAUGGAAGGAGAUAGUCCUAAUUAUUUGACAAAGUUUUCUAACCUGUACAGUUAUACAUUAAGUUAUGAUCAGUACCUACACAUGAGCCAUCUGAGAAAGAGAAAGAAAAUGCAAGGAUUAAUGAAAAUUAUAACUUCCUGUGUAGUGAGUAUGUAAUUCCCUGUGAUACAAAUUUUGAGAUUGUGAUUUCAUUACUAAUUAGUCCAGACAAACAAAUGUAAUAAGAAUAAAUCACUCAUGAAAAUUCUUUAUUGUUAUAUGUCAAUAGUUAUAAAUUAUUCACAAAACAUCAAAACUUCUUGAUAUAUAACUUUGAAUAUUUUUUAAAAAUUACAUUUAAAAUAUUUUACAAUCUUA